AUGUGUGGUGUGUCUGAGGCCUGUAUUAUCGGUGUCUCGUCUAUGGGCUCCGCACACGACUCCUUCUCGGUAUCUGCCGUUCCCACUCUCACUUUUGGAUCCGAUGGACGGAGAUUUUGUCGCACAGAAUGGGGAGUACGUUUGCCAUAUAACGAUUAUGUGCUGGAUACCUGUGCCAAAUGCUACAACUAUAUGCCCGACACAGCCUUCAAAGAUGAUAUUUUCGGUGUAAUGAGUUUCCCUGAAUUCCUAUCCGGUCCGUAUAUGCGAAUUGAUUCUGUACGAAUUGAGUACUGA